AUGGCAUUGUUAGCUCAGAUUGUGCCUAAGGAUGCUUAUGAAUGGAUCAGUAAUGAAAAUUCUAAGGCUCCUAGAGCCUCAUGCAUACUUACUAGGCUCUUGGAUGACAUUGCUGGCCAUAAGUUUGAGCAAGAAAGAGAACAUGUUGCCUCCACUGUAGAAUGUUUUAUGAAACAAUUUGGUACCUCCGAGGAAGAAACCUACAAGGAGAUUCAGGUGCGUAUUGAGGAGUCGUGGAAGGACAUAAACGAAGAGCUUCUUGGACCAAUUACCGUUCCAAAACCUCUUAUAAAUCAACUAAUUAACCUUUCAAGGGUCUUACAAGAUUUCUUAAAUUUAGGUGAAGAUGGCUACACUCAUCCCAAGUACAUGAAAUCAAAAGUUAUAGCUGUUCUUAUCGAUCCUAUCAUAAUGUAG